AUGAGGACUUCGCAUUUUCUCAGCCAGGCGCUCAGCCUUCUUGCACUGGGCGCAACAGUCGAAGGCUUCAACCGAGACCGGAACCAAGCCUGCUCGCCUCACAAGCCCUUCCAGCCGCUGCCCACGAGUCAAUCCCGAACGAAGACCUGUCAUGUUCGCACCCAUGGCGACGGAUCCGAUGACUCGGCGUAUAUUCUCUCUGCCAUCAAGCAAUGCAACGAUGGAGGAAAGGUCGUCUUCGACGCCGGCAAGGAGUACAUUAUCGGCACCGCGUUGGACCUCACUUUCUUGAAGCACGUUGAUCUCGAUAUCGAGGGAACGAUUCAAUUCACUAACGACACCGACUACUGGCAGGCGAAUGCCUUUAAGCAGGUCUUUCAGAAUGCAACAACCUUCUUCCAGCUUGGGGGUGAGGAUGUCAACGUCUAUGGAAGUGGUACUCUGGACGGUAAUGGUCAGGUCUGGUACGACCUGUACGCCGAGGACGAUCUCAUCCUCCGUCCUGUUCUGUUUGGCAUUAUCGGGUUGAAUGGCGGCACCAUUGGCCCGCUGAACCUGCGCUACUCCCCGCAAUGGUACAACUUCAUCGCCAACUCGACCAACGUUCUCUACGACGGCAUCAACAUCUCUGGUUAUUCCAAGAACGCCUCCGUGACAGCAAAGAACACGGAUGGCUGGGACACUUACCGGUCUUCCAACAUCGUGAUCCAGAACUCUGUGAUCAACAACGGCGACGAUUGCGUCUCCUUCAAGCCAAACAGCACAGACAUCCUGGUGCAAAACCUCCACUGCAACGGCUCGCACGGUAUUUCGGUGGGCUCUCUCGGACAGUACGCCGGCGAAGUCGACAUUGUCCAGGACAUUCUCGUGUACAACAUCUUCAUGUACAACGCCUCGGACAUGGCUCGCAUCAAGGUCUGGCCUGGCGUUUCGUCCGCGCUCUCCGAAGACCUCCAGGGCGGUGGUGGCAGCGGCCGCGUGCAGAACGUCACGUACGACACCGCGUACAUUGACAACGUCGACUGGGCGAUCGAGGUGACUCAGUGCUACGGGCAGAGUAACCUGACGCUUUGCAACGAAUACCCGAGUAGUCUCACCAUUUCAGACAUCUGGUUCAAGAACUUCCGCGGCAAGACCUCGGGAGCGGAGAACCCGUAUGUCGGGACGAUUGUUUGCUCGAGUCCGGAUGUCUGCUCCAACAUCUACGCUGAUAACAUCAACGUUGUCAGCACGGAGAACACGAACGAGUUUGUCUGCGAUAAUGUUGAUACCUCGAACUUGAGCGUCAACUGCACUGCGACCUCCAGCUAG